UCGAUUUUCAUACUUUUGUUGGUCUUUUUCGGGCAAUGCUAUUGUGAUAGCCCAACAUACACUACAAAAUAUGAUAAUGUAAAUCUAGAUGAGGUAUUGUCCAGUGAGAGAUUGCUAAAUGGUUAUGUGAACUGUUUGUUAGACAAGGGACCGUGUACUCCUGACGGAAAGGAAUUGAGACGUAACCUCCCAGAUGCCAUACAAAAUGAUUGCAAGAAAUGUACAGAACGUCAACGAGAAGGGGCAGAUAAAGUUAUGCAAUUCAUCAUAGAUAACAGACCUGAAGACUGGAAAAAACUAGAGGAAAAGUUUAACGAUAAUGGUAGCUAUCGCUUGCAGUACAUAUCUCGUAAAAAGAAUAUGAAUGCGACAGUUUCAGACUAG